AUUAAAAAAAUAAAAUUAAAAUUGCAUAAGUAUGAAUAUUGAUCCACAAUUAAACAUUUCGGAUGAAAUUGUUAAAAUAAAUCUGACUGAUUCACUGGGACACAGUGCAUCCCCGCUGAGUCAUGUCUCUUUUCUUUCAAACAAUAAGAAAAAUACUUCAGGAGCCCCAUCAUCAACAGUUUCGUCAUCAUCUCCUAUAUUGCCAGCAUCUUCACUCAUCUCUCAACCCUCAGCAUCUCCAUCAUCCGCAGUAUCUUCACUGUCGUCAAUGCCUCUGCCGGUAAUAUCAUCGCAGGUACAUCUGGGACAUCAAAGCAUUCACUCACCCCUACCUCAGCAGGAAAAUGAGUUCCGCCCUACGACUAAUCGGAAUAUUUGGGCCAAUGAUGUAUCCUCGGGCGAGGAUUUGAGGCACACUUGCAAAGGCGUUCUAAGCGACAGGUCGUCAUUCUUCGAUAUUCCCGUAGCCUCAACUCAUCCGUACUGCUACAGAUUUUCCACCACUCCGCAUCUCGUCAAGAGGGAACCAGUCGAGGGAUGGCACCCCUCAUAUCCGGAUCGCCUCUUUACGGAUCAGAUUUACAGUAAUAUGAAAUCAGUUGUGACACAGACUGUAUGUGGAUCUCAAGGAAUUUCCUCAAGUCACCCCUCGAUAUACCCCGAUUCGACAUCACACAUUAACCAUUCCCCUAUUGUGUCCACUGGGAGUCACCAUCAUCACCUGACGGAAUCCCCUCAACACAGUUACCAGCAAAACUACAGCAUACGCUCAACGGCUGAUACGUCAGCUGCUGUUACAUCCACUGAACCCGACUACAUCUCAUCAUGUGGAGGAUCCAGCAAUAACUCUUCAGCAAUAUCUGCCAUUCACCAGACCAGUGCAGCCAUGCACCAGAGACGGGGAUCCCUACAACUCUGGCAAUUUCUUGUGGCGCUCCUGGAUGAACCCACCGCGAGUGCAGGAUGCAUAGCCUGGACUGGGAGGGGUAUGGAGUUCAAAUUGGUGGAACCGGAAGAAGUGGCGCGGAGAUGGGGUAUUCAGAAAAAUCGUCCAGCCAUGAAUUAUGACAAAUUGUCGAGGAGUCUGAGGUAUUACUACGAGAAGGGAAUCAUGCAGAAAGUAGCAGGUGAAAGGUACGUUUAUAAGUUUGUCUGUGAUCCUGAAGCCCUGUUCAACAUGGCAUAUGGCUCAAGUUCCGGCGGGAAUGUGGAACCUCCGAACAAUUCUCUGGCUCUACCACCUCGCAACGAUACUACCCAGUUACCCAAUGGACUAUCAACGACUACAGAUACUACCACUUUUGUACAAAAUCGCUCCAAUUCUUCAUACUACUCCUAUCCCUAUCAUCACAUUUCCAAAGAUCCAUCCAAUGAAAUGUAUUCAAAUAAUUUGUUAAGAACACCCUGAGAAGCAAUAAAAUUGAGAUUUAU